ACAAGUGGAUCUGAAACAGCGAGAAGAAGCAGCGCUUCAAAAUGGCGAUGGACGGUAUGUCCACGUCUGCAGCAGGGCUACCAUACCAUCAUGUUUCCGAAUACUACACGAGGAAACUCGGUCCAAAGCCGGAUGUGGUGCCUUCUGGUGUAACUGAGAGGAAAAUCGGACCUGCAGAUAAACCUGACAUGGUUUCAGUGGACGUUAUCAACUUCAAGGACUCGGAUACACCAGUGCACAGGAAGAAACAAGAAACAGACACCCAUGCUCUGGGCACCAUUCACCCCUUCCGCAAGUCACACAAGUCCAUCUUUAGCAAGUUCAUCCAAGAGUUCAACUUAGUCACUUCAGAUAGACGGUCAUGGAAGAUCCUACUGUUUGGGGUGCUGAAUGUAAUCUGCACAGCUUCUCUGCUGAUGUGGUGCAACUCCACAAACAGUAUGGCCUUAACAGCCUACACAUACCUCACCAUUUUCGAUCUCUUCAGUUUGAUUACAUGCCUCAUGAGCUCCUGGGUGACCAUGAAAAAACCAAGUCAAGCCUUUUCAUUUGGUUUUGAACGCUUUGAGGUGUUGGCAGUGUUUGCCUCUACAGUGCUGGUUCAGCUGGGCGCUUUAUUCAUUUUGAAGGAAAGCGUGGAACGUUUCAUGGAGCAACCGGAGGUGCACACGGGGCGUCUUUUAGUUGGGACCUUUGUGGCUUUGUUUUUCAACCUGCUGACUCUCCUUUCAAUCAAGAACAAGCCCUUUGUCUACGUUUCUGAAGCUGCCAGCACCAGUUGGCUACAGGAGCAUGUAGCUGACCUGAGUCAAAGUCUAUGUGGGAUCGUCCCAGCAUUGAGCAGCAUUCUUUUGCCCCGAAUGAAUCCCUUCGUUCUUAUCAACCUAGCUGGAGCUUUUGCUCUUGGAAUCACUUACAUGCUCAUCGAGAUUAACAACUAUAAUGCAGUGGACACUGUUUCUGCUGUAGCUAUCGCCCUCAUGACCUUUGGCACCAUGUAUCCCAUGAGUGUGUACAGUGGAAAGGUCCUUCUCCAGACCACUCCGUCCCAUGUCAUUGGACAGCUUGACAAAGUGCUUAGAGAGGUCUCUACACUGGAUGGAGUUUUAGAAGUCCGGAAUGAACACUUCUGGACAAUUGGCUUUGGCUCUCUGGCCGGCUCUGUCCAUGUGCGCAUCCGGCGGGAUGCCAACGAGCAAAUGGUGCUGGCUCAUGUGACCAAUCGCCUCCACACACUUGUCUCCACACUCACUGUACAGAUCUUCAAGGACGAUUGGGUGCAUCCAUCCUUGUCCACUGGCCCUCUCAACCUCUCUGAUAUCACAGUUUCAUCUGGAAAGCAACUUGAAGAACCGGAGCCACUGACUUCCACUCCCUCUAAACCAAGCAGCCCGCCCGAGUUCUCCUUCAACACACCUGGCAGGAAUGUGCGACCUGUUUUACUCCCAAAUAUUCAUCAGCAACGACCUUAUAACUUGGGCCUUGCUUACGGAUCUUCACCAUACAAUACGAUGCUCAGUCAUGGCCUAACGCAACCAGGAAGCAGCCUAGGUGUGGGUUUGGGGACAGGACCAAGAAUCCCCUCCGUUCAGAGCUACAGGACUUCUUUUAGUGCAGCUCCAAACAUAUACGGAAGCAAUCUGCUGCCUUCACAGAGCAGUCAGUAUAAACACUGAUGUAUUGUCCAAGUUGGACUAAAACAUCGACUAAGAACAGGCUGAGCUGCAGAGGACCAAAACUAUAUUUAAUUAAUAGGACCAACAGUCUUCUCUUUUAAGGACUUUCUAAUUGCAUUAAUAUUUUUUUUGUACUAUUAAACAGAUCAGAUGUUUAAAAAUGUAUUAUGUUGUUUUCCUGCUGCUGAUGCUUUAAGAGGGUUGUGUUAUAAGAGGUCAUGAUUUAUUCUAACUUUUGGAUUCCACAGGAAGCGAAUUGACUUGUGUUAAGAAGAUUUUGGUGUUUUAUGAUUUCAGAUUGCAGGUUAUUGUCUGCCCAAAAAUGCUUGAAUACAAGCAAAUAUCUGUAUUGCAUUUGAAAUCAGACACAAUUGAAUCAUCUACUGUAAGAGGAUUAAAUUGUAUCCAGUAACUACAGAAAUCAAUUACUCAUAUCAAGUAAUGGUAAACCGUUUUGAUGGGAAAUAUGUCAGAUAAGGGAUAAUGUCAAAAUGCAACAUCUGCAUAAAUAUUUCUACUUAAGGGAAAUAUCUGUGUAUUUUUAUGACUGUAGCUGCAGUAGCUGUCUAUAAGACACCAAACUGAUUAUUCCAGUUAAGAUGUGCAACCUAAAUAUAUCAAAUGUGUGGUGGUCUGGGAAAACAUGUCGAUAUUGCUGUGGCUGAAUCCCCAAAAUCUGUCAAAAAAUCUGAAAAAACUUGUAGGCAUUAUAAAGUCCUAAAAGUAGAUAAAGAGAACCCAAUUAAACAAAGGAGAUAAAAAAAAAUUAUACUUGGUCAUUUAUUUGUUGAGGAAAAUAAUAAAUAUUACAUAUCUGUAAGUGGCAAAAGUAUGUGAACCUUUGCUUUCAGUAUUCAAUUCAAUUCAAUUUUAUUUGUAUAGCGCUUUUUACAAUUGACAUUGUCUCAAAGCAGCUUUACAGAAAUAUCAACAUGGUAUACAGAUAUUAAAGGUGCGAAUUUAUCCCAACUGAGCAAGCCAUUGAGUGGUGACGGUGGCAAGGAAAAACUCCCUAAGAUGUUUUAAGAGGAAGAAACCUUGAGAGGAACCCGACUCAGAAGGGAACCUAUCCUCAUCUGGGUAACAACAGAUAGUGUGAAAAAGUUCAUUAUGGAUUUAUAUGAAGUCUGUAUGGCCUUAGGAGCAGCCGUAGUCCCAGCAGUCUGGAAUUAGAGAAGAUUUGAGCUCCAUCCAGAGGCAGAAAGGAUCUGGAUCU